UAGCCUUCCUUCCCUCAGUGUAGCGGAUCGCCGGAAUACUGGAGCACUAGUUGCAAUGUCUCCUGCACGGGCACGAGCUCUUCUCGGGCUCCUGAUCACACUUUGCACCCAGAGCCCACUGCUGUCGGGUUCUAAGCCACUGCCGCCACGUAAUGUAAAGCUUACCUCUGUGGAUAAGGGGUUAAAGGUCACAUGGGAUCCCCCCAGUGAGCUGGAUGGACGGCCUGUUGAUAGCUACAGCAUUGGCUACGGGAAGUCCAUGAAGUCACUGCGCUUCAUGACUGUCGACAAGGACAGACGGUCAGAGUUACUAGAGGACUUAGAGCCUGGAGUCCUGCAUUUUCUCAAGAUGAGUGCAGAGAAUAAGGAUGGGAUGAGUAAACCUGUCUACAGGGCAGAGACUCCAGGAGGGGGAGAGUGGGUGAAACUGGAUGGUUUUGCUGUCGAGCCCUUCAACAGAUCCUCUCCAGGGAGGAUGGUGUCUAUAACUUCAUCACAGAUUAACCCACGGCCCCCAACUCAGAGGACGGCACUAGGACAAGAGAGGGCACCUCAGUCAUCCUCAGGACCAGAACCCCCUCAUCAAGUAGGACGCCUCCCUCUGCGACCCCAAAACAAACACAGAGUGGACCUCAGCCACCACCAAGCAGACCAGCGCAAUGCUAACAAGCACAAACUGGCGUCUGAGUCCGUCUAUGUGGUAUCACUGCAGGCACCCAGAGCCCAGGGGAGGAGUGCACCCAUCACCACGGCCACCAUGAAUAAAGUAACACCAGAGCCGGAAGUUGUGGAUGAAGUAGAGGACAUAUCAGUUAGAGUAUUGUCUCCUCAGUCUGUCCUUAUCACAUGGGUUGAUCCACUUGUUGAAAAGAAGAAGGAAAAACCAGGGGGAUCCAGGUAUUACACUGUGAAAUACAGAGAGAAAGGAGAAUCUGCUCGAUGGGAAUACAAGGACACCACUCAGAGACGUCUCAUAAUUGAAACGCUCUCUGCGGACAGCAUGUACGAGUUCUCUGUUUGUAUCUCGCAAGGAGAUCAGAAGGGAAAAUGGAGUGCAUCUGUGUUCCAGAGAACCCCUGAAUCAGCUCCUUCUGGCCCUCCAGAAAAUUUUCAAGUAAAACCACUUCGAGGAAAAGGUACUGCUGUCACAGCAACCUGGGAUCCGCCUGAGCAAACAAAUGGGCGAAUAAGAGAAUACAUCCUUUCCUAUGCUCCUGCUAUGAAACCGUUUGGCGCAAAGUCAGUUACAUACCGUGGCACCACCACCUCGGCUACCAUAGAUGGACUUACGCCAGGUGACCGCUAUAUCUUCAAAAUCCGUGGAGUCAAUAGGAAGGGCCAAGGACCACAGACUAAAGCCAUUAUUGUUGCAAUGCCUGCAUCCAGCUCUACUCACUUAAGGAACCCAGACAGCCACAAGACAAGUCAAAGUGCCUCCAAGACAUCUUCAAACAAUGAAUCAGACAAUCAGGAGCCAGAUGAGAUGGAAGAGUUCGAUACUCAGACCACAACUCAAACACCACCCACCAAUAGACGAGGACGCCCUCUUUCUCAUACAAGGUCCUAUCACAGCAUCUUCUCCUCUGUGAGGGGUUCAGUGAGAAAAGGAGGUUCUAGCUCAAGGUCAAACUCACAUUCUUCAUCCACUAAUGCCAAAGAUAGAGAAGAAGAUACAAAUGAGGAAGAGAAGCCAACAGACAGUCCAACAGAAGAUAAAAUAAGAGCAAAUGAGGCUAAUGUGGACACAAAACCAGAGAGCAGUAAUAAUGCAUCACCACAAACAGAGGAACAUUCAAAACACCCACAUGACACUAAAGAAUCAAAACCCAAUCAAUCUGAAUCUGUCCCUAAAACACCUGAGGCCAAACGUCCUUCUUGGACCCCGCGCACAUCCUCAAUUGUUGAUAUUAGCAGAUUAAGAAGGCCUAAUUCUCGAUCAAGAAUGCGGAGUGAAGAUUCUUCAAGUUCGUUGCAAAACAAGGAGUCUGCAGCUACAAGAAAGAACCUAACAACAGUCUCCUAUCCUGAGGAAAAGAACUCAUACAACCAGAUAAGUGUCACUGACAGGACGCCUUCAGUGAUCUCACCUCAGGAAACCAGGCCUGAAUCAGUGAAAGAAUCAGAAUCAGAAUCAUCCUCAUCUAUCUCUUCUCCAACUUACUCUUCCUCAUCUUCAGCAUCAUCUUCAUCAUCUUCUUCUUCCACCUCAUCUUCUUCUGGAUCCUCUCCUUCAUCCUCCUUACCAUCAUCAUCAUCAGCAGGUACAAGAAGGACUUCUUCCACGUCAGGUCGAGUCACAAGUUCAGGAUCUGGAGCCAUGUACCCUAAUGGAAGAAGAGUUGGAAUUUCAACUAGAGCUCAGAGACUUCAAACAGGAAAUCACAAACCUGAUUCAUCAUCAUCAUCAUCAUCAUCAUCAUCAUCAUCAUCAUCUGCUUCUUCACAAUCAACACUGCCAACAGGAACCAGGACAAACAGUCAUGAUACAACAGAGGUGCAUGAUACCAACCACAAGAACAUGGAGCUAGACGACACAAAGGGUGAACAACCAACUGAAGAAACCAAAAAAACCCAUUCUGAUACAACUAAAGAGGAACACCCAGCACCAAAGGAAGAUUAUGAUAACAAAGAAGAGAAAAGCAAUAGUUAUGGUUCCACUUCCCAUUCUUCUUCAAGGACCAGUUCACCCAUUUCAUUACCAAACCGAAAUUCUAGGAUAGUUACAGGGAGUCGCAGACAAGACGGGAGAAUACCGUGGAGUAGGACUGCCUCAUCUAUAGGUGCAGGAAGGCCAAUUAUUAAAGGAUUUCCUUCUCGUUCUACUGCUGUGAGCUCUCAAGAUACUAGUGAUAAAACUUCACCUACAACAUACCCUUCAAAGCAUGAGGUUAAUCCUGUCUCAAAUAAACCUAGUGUGCUAAAUAAAGACACAAAUGCUCCAAUAAGUUCCAACAAUCCCAGUAAUAAUGAAGAUGUAAAAAUUAGCAAUGAUCAUGAAGAUGAUUAUCUUUCCAAGGGAAGCAGAGAGACCUUGGAGAGGCAAAGCAAAGAUGCCACCUCAACUGCUGCACCUAAAACCACAACAACUGUAAGCGAACCUCAAAGACCUACCCAGAACUCUGAAAAUGAAAGUACCAGUAGCGGUUCAAAGUCACUUCCUUCAGUUGCCCACAGAGUCCCUAUUUUGGCUUCUAAUGGUCGGGUCCGCUCUCCUGUGGUAGCAAGCCGUCUGAAAGGUUCACGGUUCCCUGGUAGGGUGUAUCCAGUAAAGCACAGAAGAAUGGGCUCUGUUUCCACAUCAGGCUCUUCAUCAUCUUCACCACACUCCUCUUCAGCAUCAUUAUCUGCCUCCUCUCAAAACAGUCCAGCAGAAUCAACACUUAUCUCAAAUCCAGACACAGCUGAAAGGAGUAAUACUAAUGUUAGGCUCACCCCAAGUUCAGUUUCUCGCUCUUCCUAUGGGCUGUCUGCUGGUGAAAGCUCUAGUGGGAAUAUAUCUCCCGAGUCUCGAAAUCCAGUGAUGGGAUCGAGGCUGCGGUCCAUUUCAAAGGAAAACACUCCAGCCAGUGGCUACAAACCUAGUUAUGAAAAAGGCAAAAACGGACGGCCGAAUCUCACAGCUGCAAAUGGCAAAGCAUCCUCAACAUCUGAUGAAAAUUCGAAACCAAACGGUGUUCGACAUAUCACAGGUCCUGAUGGAACAAAAUGGAUAGUAGAUCUGGAUAAGGGUGUCCUAAUGAAUGAAAAUGGAAGAGUUCUUCAGGAUUCAAGAGGAAAACCCAGAAAAGUUGUCCUUGGAGAGGAUGGCAAGACUAUUUUUGAUGACCAGGGUAGCCCACUGGUAAACCAGGAAGGAUUAGCAUUAUUUGGUCAUGGAAGAGACAGUCGGCCUGUGAUUAAUCCAAGUGACAAGUACCUUACUGUGGGAGGAAAACCCAUUGUGGGCUUGGACCGCCCUAAACCAAGGACUACAACCACUACAACCACUACAACCACGACUACAACAACCACUACAACCACAACUACAACAACACCAGAACCUACAACAACAGAAAUGGUAACAGAAACAUUGGAGCAGUCAACAUUAGCUGCUGAGCCUACAUGUCCACCUGGACUUUAUUCUCGACUGGACAAGAAUGGUUUUGCAAUAUUGGAUGCUGAUGGAAUACUUAACUGCUACUCUGAAGAUGGGUUUUUUGAAGAGACUACCACAACCCCAGUCCCACUUCCUACCACAACACUGGCUCACACAACAGAGACUCCUACAACACAGCCUCCAACUCCUGAGACACGGCCUUUGAACAACACUCCUUCUUCUGAGUUUGAUGUGGUUGGAAAGAAACGGUUCACAGCUCCAUAUGUAAACUACAUCCGUAAGGACCCUGGAGCUCCCUGCUCCCUGACCGAGGCUCUGGAGUACCUUCAAGUGGAUGUCUUAGCAGACUUGAUGGAAAAGGAGCAACAAUCAAUCAAUCAAAAGCAGCCACCCAAAAACAAGCCCCAUAAUGUCACUGUGGUUGCUAUGGAGGGCUGUCACUCCUUUGUAAUUUUGGACUGGGCACUUCCACUGAAAGAUGACAUGGUGUCUGGCUAUAUGGUACACAGUGCAUCCUAUGAUGAUGUCCUAAAUAACAGAUGGUCAACAAGGUCCUCAAGUGGAACCCACCUCCCUGUUGAAAAUCUCAAGCCCAAUUCCAGGUAUUACUUCAAAGUUCAAGCAAAGAAUAUCUUUGGACUGGGGCCACUCAGUGAAACUUUAACGUAUGUCACAGAAUCAGAUGAUCCCCUGCUCAUAGAGAGACCCCCAGGUGGGGAGCCCAUCUGGAUCCCAUUCACAUUCAGGUAUAACCCCGCCCACAGUUCUUGUAAAGGAAGUCAGUUUGUCAAGCGCACCUGGUAUAGGAAGUUUGUAGGCGUCGUCCUCUGCAACUCGCUGCGCUAUAAGAUCUUCAUGGGAGAUGGACUGAGAGAACCGUUCUACAGCAUUGCUGAUACAUUUGGCCAUGGAGAGGACCACUGCCAGUUUGUGGACUCUUAUCUAGAUGGAAGAACUGGACCACACAAUCUCUCCCUCAACCUACCCACAGCUCAAGGAUAUUAUCGGUCAGACAGACAAGAGCCAGUGAAUUUCGGGGUCAUCGGCAGGCGCACACCACAUCCUUUCGUUGGCUGGUAUGAAUGUGGAGUUCCAAUCCCUGGAAAGUGGUAACAGGGGGAAACUCCAAGAGGACAUUUCCACAGGCAAUCACAUUCCACGUGUUCUGACCCUAAAUCUAUAAGCCAAUCACAGAAGUGAACCAUUGCUCACCAUGGCAACCAAACCUAAAUCAUAUAGCAACUGCUUCCGACAGAAGGAAUAUAGUACUUUGAGUAACACUAAUAUUUCAACAUAUUCGAUAUCAAGCACUUUUUGAAAAAAAUCAGUCUGUAUAUGAGGAAAAUGCAGCAUGUGUAUUUGAGUUUAUUAACAAUGUUUUAUUUUCAUGUGUUGCGUAAUAGUAAUUAUUUCACAUUCCUUUCCACCUGGAAUAUUUAUCUUACAGUAACUUCAAAGAAACAAAUUGGUGGCUAGUUAAAUAUCAAAGCACAACAUCAAAUGACUACGUAAUGUCUGGGAAGAUGACAUUUGCGAUGAUGUAACAAAUUUUCUGUGAGUGAUGUUUGCUGUUGUUUAUAUAACUUGCUGAGGUUUUGUAAUCUUACAUUUUUGUAUUACCCUCUUUUUGAACAAAGGUUGGCAUGAAAGUAUUGCUCAUAUUAGAGCAGAUUGAAAAACAUAUUUUUAUUUUCUCAGGAACGGUUCAAAUUUGAAUAAAGGUGCUAUGGAGAAAAUGUAAUGUUUUUAUCUCCCAUUGAUGCAUAAUAAGUUAGAUAAUAUAAAAUAAUUGUAUAUUAUUAUAGUUUUAAUUGUAUUUUAUAUGAAUUAUAUUGACCAGCAUUACUACUAAUCACUUUUGCGAACUUUGAAUACCCACACCGCUACAAUUCUAGAGAAAAAAAAAAGAGUACAUUUUAUUAUGUGCACAGUGUAUUAACAGAGUACAAAAAAAGCAAUAAUAAAAGUCAGGGAAAUAU